CACCUCUCCACACCCUGCACACAUAACCACACGUUUCCCUCACUAGGAACCAGUCAUAUGAAACUGCCGUAAUGCCGCCGGUCGUUUCUCAACCGCGUAAGCGGUCAUCAAAAAAUGGAUCCCCUUAUGAGAGACAUUCAAAACGUAAAAGAACUUUGCUGUCUUCGGUGAAGUCCGUGUUUACGUCAAUACUAAAACCAUUCAUGGGGCAAUUGGAUAGUACAGAGGAACAGGAGGAUUCGUACUCUUCCUCUCGGAAAAGUCAUGUUCGUGAAAACACUGAAAAAAGUCUUUUUGAUGCGGAACUGACACCACAUUACUUGGGAAAGACACCUCAAAUGAUUAAGGUUUCCAGAGCUCCUCGUUCGCGUAAUCACGAUUAUGGGCAACUUCACGAUUCAAUGACUCCAAAAAAGCAAUUGCCGGUCUCAAAAAGUUCAGAGAAUGAUCAUUCACACACGGCUGCGCACACUAAUGGCUUUGCCAGCGAGAUUAAUGCAGCUGCGGUCACUAAUAACCUUGUACUUCCCGCCUCUGUGGCAGAAACGAUGAUUCCGGGUAAAUCCGUUGAUUUGCUGCAUUCUGCAAGACGCCCUAUUCCUUCUACUUCAAGAGAUUUGAAGAUCCGUGAACACGCUGUGAAGGCUCCUGUUCAAAAGGAGGAAUCUAAAAAAGACGUACAUGCUCUUGAAGAGCAGUUUUCUGCUUCCACAACAGAUAUUCAGCCUUUUAAGAAGCAAACAAGAAAGCACGCUCGUGCUAGCAAGGAUGAGUCGAAGCGUAAGCAUAUUCGUUCCACAGCUGCGUCUUGUCAUAAUUGUUGUCCUCAUUGCCAUCAUCGCAUAGACCAGGGUAUCGACGUUCAUGCCCUUCGUCCGGUGAAAAAACAAAUGGUAGAUGCCGAGGUUCAAACGGUGACACCGUUUGAGAGAGACGAGGAGGGAUCAUUGCUCAUGGACAGGGAAAUUAGUAUUCUCAACCCCAACUCCUCGCGUGUUUUCAGAGGAUCCUCUUCUACAACACCACGACGCCGGGGAUAUCGAACUGUCUUUACUGCUGUUGAUGAAGACUUGGACGAAAUAUUUGGUAAUGAUUCUGAACCAUCUCCCGUUAAAGAGUCUCCUAAGCCUUCUUCUACACUCUCUUCAGCAUUCAAUUUGAAGAAAACGUUUGCAGAAAAGCCUUCACUUCCUAAUACUGGCGCGACCUUUGAAGAGCUGAAACAAUCAGUUCCUGUAUCUAAAAUUGCGCAAGCCGCAAAAAAACCGGAAGAAAAACAAAAAGAGGUAGCAACGAAGGAAGAGAAUCAAAAAACGGCACCGGAGAAGGUGGUGAAGUUUGCACCAACAGACAUCAAGGUGCCGCCUCCUGUACAAGAACAGACGAAUGCUACUUCGGCUCCGGAGACAACUAAGACUAAGACUAAAUCUGAGAAUGUCCCGUCUGUACCCUCAUUCUUCAAAGUUCCGGCGCCCAAAGAAGUUUCAUUUGCUGUGCCCGAGAAGAAACAGGAGAAGGAAACGCCGAGCUUUUCUUUUGCUAGCACGACUACCCCUGCUCCUUCGGUCGCAACGGAGAAAAGAGAUGAAAAGGAAACCCAGCCGGCUGCGGCCAAGCCAUUUUCAUUCUUCCCUAACACUGAAAAGAAACCUACUUCCGAGGCCGAUAGUGUCACAAGUUCAAAAACACCUGCGUUCUCUUUUGGUCAAGCAGCUAGCAAGGAACCUAGUACCCAACCUAAGCCCUCUUUCUCAUUUGGGGGUUUGGCUAAACCCGUGCAAGCGAGGGAAUCCAAACCUGACGAACCGAAAGAAUCGUCUUCACAAAAGCAGGACACCCAAAAGCCAGUCUUUUCAUUCGGUGCUCCCUUGGGUAAGCCGGUUGUGCCCGAGCUGAAAAAGGACAAGGCCGCUGCUGAGUCAACGACGCCAAAGUUUUCUUUUUCAACCAGUAAACCGUCCGAGCAAGCAUCCGAUAAGGCAUCUGAACCUUCAACGGCAUCCAUUUCAAAGCCCGCUGGAGGCUUUUCUUUCUCAUUCGGCUCUACUAAGCCUACUGAUGUGCAGAACACCACUGCCCCUUUGGUUACUGAAAAGGAGAAGCCUGCUGCCACCGGGGAAUCGAAGCCGUCCAGCACCUUUUCAGCUGGUGGUUUCUCUUUCGGUGCCCCCAAAGACUCGUCGUCGACUUCGGUUCCCUCUACCACUCCGAAGUUUAAUUUCGGUGUCCCUCCUUCUACGGCAUCAAAGUCUGAGACUGCUCCCGAAGGCUUAAAGAAGGAAGAACCCUCCAAAGCUGAGACCGUGAAGCCGUUUACAUUCGGUAUAAAGCCUACCUCAACACCCUCCGCGGAUGUCACUAAACCCUCUGUGACAGCACCUUCAACUGGGUUCAAUUUUGGUAGCACCGGUUCUGGCUUCGGUUCUUUAUCGGCAGGAACGAAAGACAAUAAUGCAACUGGUAAGACUGCGGAACAAAAACCUGCCUUCAGUUUUGGUGCUGUCAAGACAGAAGCACCUACAGCUAAACCGGCCCCGGUAUUCAAUUUCUCUGCGCCUACAAAGCCUGCCGAAGCGUCGGCUUCUAUGACUACAAAUAACACUACUGCUCCGUCAGCACCAAGCUUUUCUUUUGGCUCUACCAAUGCAGCCGCCCCAUCCACUACGGGCUUCUCAUUUGGUCAACAGUCAACUGCUGGUGCGCCUGCUGCAGCUCCGGUUGCUUCUGGUGCAACUCCUGCACCCUCAUUUUCAUUUGGAAGUGCUGCCGGUACGUCUGCUGGCUUUGGCUCACAGAAUACUGCUGCUCCAGCAUUCGGAUCAACUCCGUUUCAAAGUGCACCUGCACCCGCUACGCCCUUUGGGGCUAGUAACACUGGUUUUGGAUCUGCCAAACCUGCAACUGGCGGAUUUUCAUUUUCCGCUGGAACAUCUUCUGCACCUUCAAUGGCCUUUAAUGGGGCCAACAACGCUCCGGCUCCGUCGAUGAACUUUGGCGCCAACCAAGCACCUAAUCCCACACCUAGUGGCUUCACGUUUGGGGCCUCAUCGAACUCGUUGAAUACCACUCCGUCAGCACCCGGUACUCCCAGUACUGGUGCUGCUGGUACACCUUUCCAGUUCAACAUGGGAUCUACGAAUUCCCAACCUGCACCUCCAGCAGGACGAAAAAUAGCAGUUCCUCGUAGUCGGAAGAAGCGUUGAGCUUAUUUAUAUACCUUUUUUGCUAUCCAUUUGCCCUACUUGACUUCUGUAAGUAAUAAUAGAUAUACAUUUUCCUCAA